CGCGACGGCUUUACAGUGACGUCAUCAUCGUGCGCCCUUCUGUUUAUCCACCGUCAUUCGGUGCUCCUGGGCCUUUUGGAAAACGAUUCUCCAAGCCUCUUAUCUGCACAGUGUGUGUCUGUGUGGAGUGGGUGUCCGCCUUCACCUGCUGUGGUCGAACGUUUUAGGUCCAGCGAACCGAGUUCGAACCCGAACAUGGACCCGGGCGACACCACCAGCGAGGAGAAGACGGGCUCGUCCAUGUCUGCGGCUCAGCGGAGGGCGGAGAUGCGGAGGAGGAAACUGCUCCUGAACUCCGAGGACAGACUCAACAGAAUCGUGGGCUAUGCCAAAAACGGAUCCGACAACAACGGAUCCUCCCGGCGUCCAGCAGAACCUCGUUUCCAUCUUGACCUGGACCGUACGGAGCCGUGGUCCUCGUCUCCGUCCUCUCAGAGGUCGUCUCCCUUCCUGCCAGAAUCUUCAGGUCUCAGCAGCGUCUCUCACACUGCCACGCCAGAGAGGAGGGGCUCGCCUCUGCCGGACUGCAGCGAGCCGGCGGCGCCGCCAUCAGCUGUGGAGGAUGACGUGGGAGGUCUCCGGCAGAGACUGAAGGGUGAGCGGGCGCCGUCGGACGACAUCAGCGGCUCCCCGCGCCGCGGCCUCCAGAAAUACCUGUCUCGUUUCGAUGACGCCAUGAAACUUCGAGGUCAGCUGGCCAGCGAGAAGCCGGCUCAGGACGGCGGCUCGGAAACUGAGGAGUUCGAUCCCUUCAGGGUCUUCAGGCUCGUCGGCAGCAUCCUCCUCGCCGUGUUUGUCAGGAUGUUCGUCUGCAAGUAUCUGUCGAUAUUUGCUCCUUUUCUAACCCUGGAACUGGCUUACAUGGGAUUAUCCAAAUACUUCCCAAAAGUGGAGAAGAAGACCAAGACCACCGUGCUGACCGCCGCUCUACUACUGUCGGGCAUCCCAGCCGAGGUCAUCAACCGCUCCAUGGACACCUACCGCAGGAUGGGGGACGUCUUCUCCGACCUCUGCAUCUACUUCUUCACCUUCAUCCUCUGUCAUGAGAUCUUGUUGCUCUUUGGUUCAGAGACUCCCUAACUCUUAAAGAGCCCCGUUACCCCUCAUGUUGCCCCCUCCUUUUGUCCAAUAGCAUCAAGGCUUCACUAUCUUCUGCCGCCUCUGGUGCUUUGUUGUUGUCGAUCGUCUGGAGACGGAUCCCUCGCCGCCUUAUGUUGAGGGUCAGACCUGCUGGUAGAUUUCACUCUGAAGAUGAGGACAUUGUGUUUUGAAGGGGUUAAUAUAACAUUUAUUAUUUAUUUGCUUUUUUCCCAACAAUCUGGUGGUUAAACCAGCAUAAUUUUUGCACAUCGGCGCGCCGCCGCAAAACCUAAACAUACAUAAACUCUGGCUGCAAAAUAGUCAUGCAUAAUAUUUUAUGUUUUACUUACGUUGAUCAACAGUGUUUCUCACCUUCAAAAACAGUGUUUAUACAUUUACAUUAGAUUACAUUUGUUACAGAAAAAACAGACUUGAUUUUGAAGGAAGAAAUGCACAGUUUAAUUUCUUGCAGAAAUUUCUGCAGGUUUCUUUUCAGUUAGUUCCAGACUGUUGUUUUUGUGUGUGUGUGUCCAGGCCGAUAGCCUUUGGUCGUCUUUAAACUCAGAUUCACUUCUAGUUUUCAGUUUUUAAUUUACAUUCAAAAGAGCUGAAAAAACAGGUCUUACAUCAACUGCAUCUUUUUGAAAGAGUUCUGAAACUGUGAAGCAUUUUCACUUUUUCUUACUAACAUAAUCAUAAAUAGAUUGCAUCACUACCACCGUGACAAAACCUUUGAAGAUUUCAAGCAGCUCCUACAUGGACUUUUCAUCUCCUCUGACUUUUUUUGUUGAGUUUUUGAAAUAUGUUUCCUGUUUGAGAUUUAAAUGAAGCCGUUUCGAACCGGAAAGGCUCGAGAACCUUUACUGCCGGGGAACCCUCAAGAAAAAACUACCAAGAAAGUGAAGAAAGUGGCUCAAAAAUGAUCACAAGUGUUGGCAUAAAUAACAAGAGAACACACAAAUGUGGAAUACUUGGAUUCUUUAGUUGACUCGAGAUGAGAUUGAAACACUUUUUUUAGUGAGCAAAUGUCUUUUGGUUCAGUCUGGAGGAAGGCGACCGCUUCAGUCAGGUUUGUCUCAUGAACUUGAACUCUCCGUUACCUGGUGGAUGUAAAGUAUUCGUCUGAAUGGAUGUGCUCUAACGCUGAAGAAUAAUGUUUUUGUUCAAUUCUGAAGAAGCAUUUGUAGAAAUGUGUCUGAACUCAAAGUUGUGUUAAGAGUUAGGCAUAAAUCUUAUGCUGUGUAGUGAGAGGCAGUUUUGUGAACAUAUUUGUGUUGUUUUUUGUGUGCUUUGCUGCUUUCUCCAAGAUUCAUAAGAUUUUUUAUAAAUCGUUUACAGCACGUUUCUCCAGAGUCGUGUCAAGCCUAAACUCUACGAUAACUUCAAAUAAUUUAUUGUAUGUUUUUUUUUUUUCCUGUAAAUAAAUAUAUGUGAAUUUUUAAGAAAAUAAAACAUCAAUGGUGAUUGUUAUUUUGUGUCUGCUCUAAUGCGGUCGGUUCAUACCAAAUAAAAACUCCUGGUUUGAAAUA